AUGAUGUUUUUGCAAACAGACAUAGUUAUUCUAGUAGCGUGUGUGCUGUGGACACUGGUUUACGCUCAUGGACCUCCGCGCGAACGCGACAAUGAAGACGUCUCUAUGGGUCGGAAGAUGGGAGCCAAAUGGUGUAGCAUGGCGAAGGUUUGCAACCACGACCGCGUGCCGAUCUGUGGUAUCAGUCACGCUGGUGACGUCAUGGGUUUCAGGGACCUUUGCGACAUGUUCGAUUAUAACUGUAUAAGACGGAGGAAUUACAGACAAACAGCGUGUCCGGAAGACAAGUCCAUUCUUACCGUCUCCCGCCGCCCGACCAAUAGUUUUUACGACGACAAAUGA